ACAAAAUCAAAGCCCUAAAACUCGGUUGUUGCUAGAGACGACGACGACGACUGAGGAAAGUGGUCUUUUCUCUCGUUCUCGUCUUCGUCUUCCUCUUCCUCUUGAUUCUCUCGUUUUCUAUGGAGUUUCGUUGCUUUUUAACAAGACGGAUAUUUCUUAUAAGUUUGUAGUCUACGAUCUCUGAAUAAUCCCUCACCGAAUCAACUAUAGUUCCAAUUUACAAAAACCUUUUCCAAGUUUUUAGCUUCUCCUCUUUGCGUUUCUGGAAUACUUUGAGUUUGAAACUUGAAAUUUAUAAAACUUGAAACUUAGAAACUUAGAAAUUUUGUGGUGUUUUCGGAGUUGCUAGGUUUGUAAAAAUUCGUUUCGCCCGUGACUCACCUCUUGCUUCGUCUUUCUUCUUUAGCUUUGAGUUUUGCUGUGGUAUAAGAGAACUUGUAUAGAAGAAUAUUGAGAUGAUGAAACUGAAAAUGGUGAUUUUUUUGGGCAGUUGAGAUCAUACAAGAGCUAAGCAUUUUGCAACUAAUGGAUCGUAUGGAGUCGUCUAGUGAACAGGACGUUGUUGAAGAGAGCAAAAAGCUGGUUGACUCAUUGGACUUAGCGCUGGGAGCUCAUCCUCUAAUUUCAUUAUCAUUGUUGUAGGAAUGGCAGGUAGUGGAAAAACAAGCUUCCUUCAUCGUUUGGUCUGCCAUACCUUUGAUUCAAAGAGCCGUGGCUAUGUGGUGAACCUUGAUCCUGCUGUUAUGUGUCUACCAUUUGGUGCCAACAUCGAUAUUAGAGACACUGUCAAGUACAAGGAAGUUAUGAAGCAGUACAAUUUGGGGCCUAAUGGUGGGAUUCUCACUUCACUCAACUUGUUUGCUACAAAAUUCGACGAGGUCGUCUCUGUGAUUGAGAAACGUGCAGACCAGCUUGAUUAUGUCCUUGUUGAUACUCCUGGUCAGAUUGAAAUCUUUACAUGGUCUGCUUCUGGGGCUAUUAUCACUGAAGCUUUCGCUGUUGUCACCUAUGUUGUUGAUACUCCACGUUCCACAAGCCCAAUGACUUUUAUGAGUAACAUGCUCUAUGCUUGUAGCAUUCUCUACAAGACUCGGUUGCCUCUCAUCUUGGCUUUCAACAAAACCGAUGUUGCAGAUCACAAGUUUGCGUUAGAGUGGAUGAAAGAUUUCGAGGUGUUCCAAGCAGCAAUGUAUACAGACUGAUAAUUCAUACACGUCCACCUUAGCUAACAGUCUCUCCCUUUCACUCUAUGAGUUCUACCGUAAUAUAAGAUCUGUUGGUGUUUCUGCAAUCUCUGGUGCUGGAAUGGAUGAUUUCUUCAAAGCCAUUGAAGCAAGUUCUCAGGAAUACAUGGAUACUUACAAGGCUGAUCUUGACAAGAGAAUGUCAAAGAAGGAGCAGUUGGAAGAAGAACGAAAGAAACAUGA